UUUUAUUGAUUUUGUUUUGUGUGUUCCGUUUUUCUAAUAGAGAGUGUAGUUAUGGAAUGACAAUGGAUGUAUUGGAAGCGCUGCUGGAGGAGGUGGCUCUGGAAGGACUUGAUGGAAUCACACUGUCAGCUUUCUGGCUUCGUCUGCAAACACGUUUACCUCCUUUUCCUUUGAGCUUAGACUCCAAGACUAAGCAGUUGAUCUGGCAGUCGCUUGCUUCUCAUCCUGAACUCGAAUUUUACCUACUUCCCAAAGAAAGAGGCAAUUUAGUACUCUAUGACAGGUAUGAAGAAAAUGAUGAUGACAUGGUGGUUGUUAAGUCCAAGAAAGUAUUUUGCACAGAAGACAUAUACCCUGUUCAUAUGAUCAUCAAUAAUAAAAAAGGCAUUCAGGGUUCAUGCCAGUUUUUUAAAGAGAGAAUUCUGGUUACAGAGCAAGUUAGGAUACCGUCACAGACAUAUGAAGAAACAGUUGCAAAAUGGGGAGAAAAACUUGUUAUCGUUGGUUCCCAGGUCUUGCGCAAGAGAACUUUAAUUGGAUGGGAAGGUGAUCCUUCGUUAGAACUCCCAGACUAUUCAUAUUGUAUUCUUGAAAAAAUAGGAAGGUCAAGAUGGCAAGGGGAACUUCAGAAGGACCUGCAAGUAGUAUUCAAAGUUGAUGCAGGAAAAAUCCAUUAUCUAAGACGACCACUGGAUAAAAAUGCUCUAAUAACAAUGCAGUCACAUGUAAUAAAGCUAUCAAAUGGGAUUCAGCAGCAUUCAUUACUUUUGCUCCUGAAAAAAUUUCAUGUUGACAGGAGAAAUAAAUACGACAUACUUACAGAAAAAGUAACUGCCAAAUUGAGUGAAUGCAACAACCAGAUUGAAACUCUGUUGACCAUUAGAGAAAACCUGUCCAUCAAUGAGCGAAACUUUAAACGACUGUAUCAUUACAUGGCAAGCGCUGGGAUUGUUAAAAUAAUUUCUAUGCCAUUACAUGAACUGCAUCCAUUUGCAGGACCCUUCAAAACUAAAAAAGGCACCGACGUAAUGGUCCGUUGUAUGAAAUUGAUCAAAGAAUCUAAAAGGAAUCAUGAGGAUUAUGAUGAUGAUGACGAUGAUGAAGAAUUAAAAACUCCAGUUCUCCCAGUGGAUAUAAUCUAUGAAAAAGACAUAUUAACACAAGCCUACGAACUUGUUGAAAAUUGUGGCACCAAAGGCUUAUCUCAAAGUGAGAUAAGAGUUGCAAUGAAUGUGGGGAAGCUGGAAGCUCGCAUGUUAUGCCGUUUAUUGGAGCGGUACAGGCUUAUUAAGGGCUUUAUGGAAGAUGAAGGACGUCAACGAACAACAAAAUAUAUUUCACAUGUAUUUGUUGAAGAAAGUGAUUUACGCAGACAGUUUUUAGAAGAAAAGGCAAAAAGUGAGAAAUUAUCAAUGUGUACUUUUUCACCAACACAGAAAAAAGGGUCAAUAAAAGCAUUUCUGCAGCAAAUUGAAUCCUUAGAGGUAGCCCAUCAAGAGGAAAGAGAUGUUGAAAAGGGUAGCAAAAUUCUUAAUACAGUGGAGACUUAUUCAAGUGCCAGCCAUCUUACUUCAACAUCAAGAUUAAAAGCAAUGCCAAAAGUUAAUGCAAGACCAUUUUUGUCAAAAGAUGCAGAUAAGCUUUUGUCAGAAAAUGAUUGUAGUCGGGACAGCUUCCAGAUGGAAUCAAAUCUUUCAACAUUAUCAGCUGAUGAAGAUGAACGCUCUGUAAUCGAAGAAAUACUGGAGAAGCGUUUAGAACAUAACGGUACUGAACCUUGCAAAAAAAAAACUUCUGAGAAGUGCCGUGAGACCUAUCGACUUUUGAAGAGGAGGAACAUUAUAGUGGAAGCUGUUAAAAAUCUGAGAUUAGUGGAGAGCUUGUUCAUGCUUCAGAAGAUGAUUAUGGAGCAAGAAAAACAAGAAGGUGUAUCAACAAAGUGCUGCAAAAAAUCAAUUAUGAGACUUGUUCAGAGACUUUCUCAAGAAGGACUUGUUCGCCUGUAUCGUACUAAUGUAGUUCAGGAUGGAAUCAGCAAAAAGGUGGAGUUUGUUGUCCAUCCAUCAAUAAAUCCAAACGAUCCAUUAGUGAGAAGUUCUAUUGAACAAAUCCGUUUUCGUAUGUCUAAUACUACAUCCUCAAACCGGUCACGUUCCCCUCAGGGAUCAUUAAACUCCAACAAGCAAGAGACAGAAGAUCAAAGUAAAGGCAGAGCAAAAGAGAAAAAUCACAAAGCAUUGCCCUAUAAGAAUAACUGUGAGAAAAAUGUAAAAAAGACAGAUCAAAUGGGUGUGGCUCCAUUAAUAAAUUAUCAUCCUGUCACAGUUCCGGGACUUGGGCGUACUCUUGGAUAUCUACCUAAAAUGCCUCGUUUGAAAACAACCCACAUUUUUCUCUGGUACAUUGUCUAUGGUCAUCCCCUCAGAAAAUUACAGGAACACCAUUCAGAUGGGAAAGUUGUUUCCAGUGAAGCUGCUGGGAGUAAACCUGAAACACUUUUGCCAUCAAUUACACAUGGUAUUUCAGAUUCAGAAAUAGCAAAAACUGAUGAUCACUGUGGAAAUUUAGGACAUAUUCCAAUUCUGGGAUCUGAAGAUGCAGGAGGCACUGUGUAUGUAGAUGACACAUCAUGGAUAAGAUAUGUCCCACCUGCUACCAUUCACAGUGAAUUUGGUCACGGCUGGGUUCUUGUCAGUGAUAUACUACUUUGUCUGCCACUUUCAAUCUUCGUACAGAUUGUGCAAGUCAGUUACAAGGUUGAAAAUCUUGAAGUUUUCCUGAACCAUCCAAUUAAAAAGCACACUUUGAUCAGAUAUUUACCUAGAUCCAUCCGGCAGCAGCUGUUAUACAAAAGGAGAUAUGUCUUUUCAGUGUUCCAGGGUCUGCAAAAAUUAAGUUACAUGGGACUUUUGCAAUUUGGUCCAACAGAAAAAUUUCAAGAAAAAGAUCAGGUAUGA